GAAGGAAGAGCAAGCAGCGGCAGCAGCAGUGGCAGCCACCCCGUAGGAGCGCUGGACACAUCGAGAAACGACGAAGCGCAAAGUUAUGCGGCGGUGCGAAUUCGGCGCAACUAUUGACGGCCAGUGAUAGCACCGGUAGCUUGAAUGGGAAGCGGCACCGUGGAGGAGUGACGCUCCAUCAACAUCCUCAGAAUCGUUACCGCAAGGAGAAAGAGGAGGUGGUGGUGGUGGAGGAAGAGGUUAAGAACGCGGUGCUCACCACGUCGACGAUGGCCAACUUUAACAACAUGAUGUUCUCCAAUUCGAUCAAGGGUCUGAUCAGCAAGAAGAGGAACCGCUACAAACAGGACGGUUUCGACCUGGAUCUGACAUAUAUUCGACACAAUAUUAUUGCCAUGGGUUACCCGGCGUCCAAUAUCGAGGGCAAAGUGAUCCGGAAUCACAUAGACGACGUCGUCAAGCUGCUCGACUCCAAGCACAAGGACCACUAUAAAAUCUAUAAUCUGUGCUCGGAGAGGUCGUACGAUGCCACCAAAUUUCACAAUCGAGUAAAGAUGUUCCCGUUCGACGAUCACAAUCCGCCCAAGAUCGACCUGAUCCGACCGUUCUGCGUGGACGUCCACGAAUGGCUGACGGCAAACUCCGAGAACGUCGCGGCUGUUCACUGCAAGGCAGGAAAGGGCCGCACCGGCACGAUGAUCUGCUGCUACCUGCUGCACAGCCAGAUCUACGAGACGGCCGACGACGCGCUCAGCUUCUACGGAAACACGAGGACGCAGGACAAGAAGGGCGUGACGAUACCGAGCCAGGUGCGGUACAUCCGGUACUACGAGAGCAUGAUCCGUGAGCACCUCGUCUACAGUUCGGUCAGCCUGUACGUGACCGAACUGAAGCUGGAGCCGCCGCCGACGCUGACGAGCGCGCAAGGCGGCAGCCUCUACUUCACCAUCUCGUCGGCGAACUUUAAGAAGAAGUGCAAGAGCAUCGUGCAGGAGGUGCGCAAAGGUGACGUGAAGUGUUUGACGCUCAAAGUGGACGCGUGCGUGCCUAUAACCGGUGACAUCAAAAUCGAACUCUACAGUAAAUCGCCGCUCAAGAAGAAGCAGUUUCAGUUCUGGUUCAACACCUUCUUCGUGCGCGACGAGUGGUCCGGCCAGACGACGGCCUGUUGCACGUCACCCGAUGUCGCCGCUGCCGCCGCCUCCUCCGACCUCAACGGUUACAGCGGACAAAACGGAGGAGGAGGAGGAGGUGGAGCAGCGACAACAGCGAACGUUGGCAUUCUGCACUCGCAGGUGCCUUUGUCUGCCUCCAACAACUGUAGCAGCAGCAGCAACACCGGCGAGACCUUAGUCCUCACCCUGACCAAAAGUGAACUCGACAACCUCAACAAGAAAGAUAAACAGAACAAGACGUUUAGUGCUGAUUUCAAAAUAAUGCUGCUGCUCAGGCGACCGUCGAAGAAUAUUUGGAUGCCGGCGCAGCAGGAAGGAAUGGGACAGCACGUGAUCCAGGACUCGCCGAGCGGAAGUUCAGAGGGUGACAGCAGCGACGGCGACGAUGACGACGAGGCGUGGGACAGCGUGGCGAACGAGCGUGGGUGGACCGCAACAAUCGAACAUUCCAACAUGUUUAAGUCAAAUUUCGAUAAGCUUCUGGACAAAGCCACCAGCAAUCUGCUGAUGGACGAGGACUGGAAGUCUAUUCUGGAUAUGUGCAGUCAGAUAAGACAGAACGAUGUCAAACCGAAACAAGUAUUCGCUUCCCUGAAGAAGAAACUGAUGCACAACAACCCGAACACAUCCAUGUAUGCGAUCACAUGCUUGGAGAGCAUGGUCAAGAAUUGCGGUGCGGUUUUCCAUGAGGAGCUGCUCACCAAACCGAACUGCGAGAUGUUGCACGAGGUGGUGAAAACUACACCGCAUGAGCCGGUGCGGCAGAAAAUGCUGGAACUGUUGCAAGCGUGGAAUUACGCGUUCCGCAAACACAAAAGUUUCGCAGCGUUGAAGGAAACGAUGAAUCUGAUGAAGGCGGAGGGAUUCAAAUUUCCAGCAGUCAAAGAGUCUGAUGCCAUGUUCAGCGUGAAUUCUGCACCGGCUUGGGUGGACGGCGAGGUUUGCCAUCGUUGUAGGACGGCAUUCAACAUGUUGAACAGGAAACACCACUGCCGGAAUUGCGGGCAGGUUUUCUGCAGUUCCUGCACCGGAAACAACGUGAUGCUGCCGGAUCUCGGUUUCGAGAAGGACGUGCGCGUCUGCAACACUUGCUACGAGAAAGUUGUUAAAGCGAACUCGAACGCCGCCACCAAAGACGCUGAAUUGGAGGAGUACCAGAAGAGUUCGCUGGCCCAGCAGAGUCAG